GGUUCUGCCUCAUUUGAGAAGCAGAAGCAACUCCAAGGACAAAGCUCACAGACUGAUUUGGUUCUCCACUCCAAAAUACGGAUUAAACUGGGGACAACUCCUAGGACGCUGUCGCCGAUAACUUUGAAGAGACCCUGUGAAGGGGACAGUGAGGUGCCUUUGAUCGAAGUCCUAUAUUAUACCUCCCCCAACAUGUGCACUGGAGGCUGCGCCAAGUGCCUGGGGGGCACUCUCAUCCCCCUUGCCUUGUUCGGCUUUUUGGCUAACAUCCUGUUAUUUUUUCCUGGAGGAAAAGUGAUAGACAACAAAGACCACCUUUCUGACGAGGUCUGGUUUUUCGGAGGAAUAUUAGGAAGCGGGGUCUUGAUGAUCUUCCCCGCGCUGGUGUUCUUGGGCCUGAAGAACAAUGACUGCUGCGGGUGCUGUGGCAACGAGAGCUGUGGGAAGCGCUUCGCGAUGUUCACCUCCACAAUAUUUGCUGUGAUUGGAUUCUUGGGUGCUGGAUAUUCAUUUGUCAUCUCCGCCAUCUCAAUCAACAAGGGUCCUAAGUGUCUCAUGGGCAACAGCACGUGGGGCUACCCCUUCCACGAAGGGGAUUACCUCAAGGAUGAGAGCUUGUACAGGCAAUGCCUAGAACCUGUCAAUGUGGUGCCCUGGAAUCUGACCCUCUUCUCCAUCCUGCUGGUCAUAGGAGGGAUCCAGAUGCUUCUCUGUGUCAUCCAGAUCGUCAACGGCCUCCUGGGGACCCUGUGUGGGGACUGUCAGUGCUGUGGCUGCUGUGGGGGAGACGGACCAGUUUAAAUCUCCUUGAUGAGCUGCUCUAACUUGAUGGCAUGUGGGACAUUACAUUAGACUUAUUCUUUUUUCCUGGGGCUGGCAAUUCCUGUCUGCGUCCUAGCUGACAAAGCUUAGGGACAACAGAGUUACUCCUUCCACUUUUCCAAGCAGCUUAGCUCAAUUCAGAUGUUUAUGCUAUUUUCAAAA